CCGUUUGGGCGGGUAGCCUAUAGCCAUAGCUGCGCUUAAUGAUUCCCUCGAAAAGACGACAGGGAAGGUUGGGGAAGUAGCAGAAGCAAGAGGAGCAGGCAACGCCAUCGAUGCGGAGUUGCUACCAUCGCCAUAGCCGCUGCAUUAGCCUUUCUUCCCUGCUAUUUGUUCGUCUCCUCCAUAGCCAUAGAUCGAUCUUAGAACGCGAAGAGAGCUACUAGUAGCGAGGGGAGCGUGGGAAAAAGAGAGUGUGAAGUGGGCAUUGUUGUUGGCGGCUUUCACUUCUUUUUGUUUCCCCACCUUCUUGCUCUCCCUUCGUCAUCGUCAUUCCAUGAACGAUGUGAAUGUCCGAGGGGUGUAAAUAGGUAUAUAUAUCUCGAGAACAGGAUACAUAGAACGGUUUGUUUUUUCGACGUUGUCUCGCGUGCACAGUGCUUGGCAGGUGGGCGGCUGCAUGUAGUUUUGUGCCAUUGCAGCCGAGUGUAGGGGGAGGAGAAGCAGGAGGGAGAGGAGAAGAAGAAGAAGGAAGAGAGGAGAGAGGGUCAGGGAGAAGCGUAGGAGAAAGGAGUAGAGAGAGGAGAAAACGGCGAGAGGACGGAAGAAAAUGUCGACCUCGUCGAAGGAGAGCGAUGAGGACGGCGGAACGAAGGAGGAAGCGGCAGGGAGCUUGGGGAUGGGUACCGUGGCAUCAAAAAAAAGAACAAGUCCGGACGAGGAAGUGGGAGAAGACAGUGCUCCUCGAGUAAAGAGGAACACGAAUGCCGCCGUCGCGAUAGAUAAUCUGACGGUAGCGCUUGAGAGGCAAGCCCAAGCCUUCGCCGUGGCCUUUACGCAGGCUGCGGACAGGACAGCGACAAUCCUUGAGAAGCAAGGAGAGAUGAUGAUGGAGCAGUCUCAAGCGAUGGUUGCUGCAUUCCAUGGGAUGGCCACGGCGAUGAACGCUCUUGCUAGGUCACUGGGAGGAGACAACUGUGAUUAAUGGAUUGCCCGGCCGGUCGUUAUUCAGUAACCAAAGCGGCAGAUGACGCC